UGUUCCUGUGACCUUUGUUGCAAGAGCCUCGUGACCUUUGAACUUUGACAAGAGUUUGAAGAUGUGAAAAUAGCAAGACAUGCUGCAUCUCUUACUAACCAAAAAAGAAAUGGCUUCUGAACAACAGGACCUGAAUCUGAGAUUUGACCAGAAGGAUAUUAAAGAGGAGCAAGAGGAGCUUUGGACAGAUGAGGAGGGACAGCAGCUUUACCAGGAGGAAGAGGAGGAUAUCACACAGUUACCUUUUACUGUUGUCCUUGUCAAGAGUGAAAAUGAAGAAAAACCACAUUCAUCACAGGUUCAUCAAAGCCAAACUGUGGAGAGCACAGAGGCAGAGUCUAUACCUGGUAGCUCAACUGCACACAGACCGUUGACAGCACAAGCUGAUGGGGAGGACUACAGAGGACCACAACCGUGCAGUAACUUGCAUCAGUGUCAUUUUUUCCUACCAUAUGUUAAUGACGGUUCUGAAACUGAGACCGAUGAUAGUGAUGAAUGGAAAUAUACCAGCAAAUGUUGUUCAGAUUUAAAUGGUCUGAAAAAUAGUGAUGCCUCUGUUAGUGACAGCAGGUAUAACAUUGCUAGGAAACAGUUUAAUUGCUCUGAAUGUGGAAAAGCAUUUGGUUUCACAAACUCUUCAAAACAACACCAUGGAAUUGAACCAACUGCGAAACUCAUUAGUUGUUCUGACUGUGAUGGUAGGUCGAGGCAAAAGGACCAUCUGAACACACAAACAAAAAGCCAAAGAGCACAGAAAAUGUUCGGCUGCUCUGAAUGUGGUAAAAGAUUUGAAUUAAAGGGCAAUUUGAACAGACACCUGAGAAUUCACACAGGAGAAAAAACAUUUGGUUGUUGUGGAUGUGGUCAGAGAUUUGGAGAAAAGAGUCAUCUGAACACACACAUGAUAAUUCACACAAGAGAGAAACCAUUUGACUGUUCUGAUUGUGGGGAAAGAUUUGGACGAAAGGGCAGCUUGAACAGACACAUGAGAAUUCACACAGGAGAAAAACCAUUUUGCUGUUGUCGGUGUGGUGAAAGUUUUGGAUAUAAAAGCAGUCUGAAUACACACAUGAGAAUUCACACAGGAGAGAAACCAUUUGGUUGCUCUGAGUGUGGUAAAACAUUUGGACUCAGGAGCAGUCUGAAUAGACAUACAAGAAUGCAUACAGGAGAGAAACCCUAUGGCUGUUCUGAGUGUGGGAAAAGGUUUGUAGAAAGGGGCAAUCUGAUUACACAUAUGAUAGUUCACACAGGAAAUAAACCAUUUGUGUGUUCUGAAUGUGGCAAAAGAUUUGGACAAAAGGUCCAACUAAAUGUACACUUAAGAAUGCACACAGGAGAGAAACCAUUUGAGUGUUCUGAGUGUGGUAAAAGAUUUGGCGACAAAAGCGUUCUGAACUCUCAUAGAAAAAUUCAUACAGGAGAUAAACCAUUUGGCUGCUCUGCGUGUGGAAAAAAAUUUUGGAAAAAAAGUGAUCUUGGCAGACACAUGAGAAUUCAUACAGGAGAGAAACCAUUUGCCUGUUCUCAAUGUAGUAAAAGAUUUGGACAAAAGAUCCAGCUGAAAGUACACAUGAGAAUGCAUACAGGCAAGAAAUUAUUUGGCUGUUCUGAAUGUGGGGAAAGAUUUGGACAGAAGAUAAAGCUGAAUUUACACAUGAGAAUGCAUACAGGAGAUCAGGACAAUGCUCACCCAACACAAACUUGUUUACAGAAAUCAAUGCAUGGACAGAAUAUAUCUCCCUUUUAGAGCAGGUGGUCUAGGUCUCACUGAAAUCAACCAGGUUUACAGAGCAUCUAUAAUACGUAUUGGCCAGUACUUAAAGAUUUCUGAAGUAGUAGUGAUGAAAAAGGUAGCGCUUGACAAUGAGACCUUCUCCCAACAGGCCUUGGUUAUAAAAUUGGCAGUAAACGUUGGGAGAGACCUCUUAGAAGAAAGAGUAAGCAAUGAUCUGACACAUGCAACAAAACUAGCAAGACAGACCAGGGGAAAUUUAUUAAAAAAGAACAAAUCUUACAGUGGACAGAUGGAAACAGUACAGAAGGGCUGGAUGACUCCAAGAAGAACUUGAAAAUAAAUACAUGGGUAAAUAAGGAGCAAUAUCUUGGCUUAAAAAUGGGGAACUUGAUUUUGAUGGAGAAAUAUUUAUAGUUGGAGCACAUAGGGGCAUCUAACAGAGGGUUUAAAAAAUGGCAGGGAUUACACAAAAUAAUCAAUGCUGAUUCUGUCAGUGUAAACCAUCAAAUAUCAGCAUGCCAGACCCUUGUAGACAGACAUUACACAUCCCGGUGCAGUAAGAUCUGUCAAUACCUACACUGGAAAGUAUGCAAGGAACUGGAGGAAGUAAAGGAAAACAUCUGGGAGCAUGAGCCAGUACCAGUCUCUUCCAAUGGAAAAGAAACUCUCCUAUGACAAAGCGAUCCCAGCAGAAAGACAUAUCGAAGGAGGUGCAAUAAAACCGAAUAUUGUCAUCUGGAACAAGCAAGGGAAAACAGACAAUAUUAUUGAUGUAACAGUCCCCAGUGAGUAUGGCUUGAAUAGAGCUGAAAGGG